GUGAGUUUUUAAUCGGUUGGCUUUGUUUUUAAUAAUUAACGACAACAUUUGAUACUUUUAUGAAGUAAUGAACACUGGUUUUAAUAAAAGAUAUGUGUAAACGUGUUUCACGUAAUAAAAUUCUUAGUUUCUGGUCUUGGUACUCCUCGAAAUGCUCCCAACAUUUCUAUUAUUAAAUCGUAUGGCUACCAGACGAAGAAACAUUCAUAAAACUACAAGAACGGUGAAAAAUGAGAAGAAGAAGCUAGAUGUGGCCUAUUGCAGGACUUGUCUCGCGACUGAGGACCUUGUAGACAUAUUUUAUAAUAAGGAAUGUGAAAUGAAACGUUCGGAAGAUUUGAGACUGGUUACCGGCUUAGAGAUUAAGCUUAACGAUGGAUUAUCCCAAAAAAUAUGCCACCGUUGCAUUGAGAGCAUGCAGUCGGCGCUGCAGUUCCGACACAAUAGCAGGAAAUCUCAGAAAUCCCUUCUCAAUAUGCUGUACGGUAAAUCGAAGAAGAAGUUCAAGUCGAAACCCAGUAAGAGUAUGAAAAAAAUCAAAAAUGAGACAUUGGAAGUGGAAGUUGAAGCGUAUGAUAACGAUGUGUACGCUGGGACAGAUGAUUUCCAGAACGAGACUGACUAUUUAUAUAACGAUGAUGAAGAUUCUGCACCUUUAAAAAUGGAGCAGGCACCAGUGACGGAUGGUAGGAGGAAACGCGAAAUGAUACCGAAUGCGUUGUCAUACAAAUGUAACACUUGCAGCAAAGAGUUUCGAAUGAAGAGCACGUACAAAUCGCAUCUGAGGUUCCACACCAACUACUGUGUUUGCGAGACUUGCGGCAAGCGCUGUCGGAAUAAUAACCAACUGCAGGAACACAAGCGAGCGCGACACGGGUUGGGGAAGAUUCACAAGUGCGCCUACUGCGAGUACAGCUCCGCGACCAAAGAGGCUCUCACCAUCCACGAGCGACGCCACACAGGCGAGCGUCCGUACAUCUGCGACCAUUGCGGUGCAACUUUCCACAGACGAUCCAACCUCGUCCAGCACAUCGCGAUACAUCUGCCGGAGAAGAACUUUCAGUGCUCAAUAUGUUUUAAACGCGAAAAAUCGCGCAAGCUACUUCAAGUGCACGUAUACAAAAUCCAUAAACAGAAGCACUAUCGUUACUGGUGCCCCGUUUGUAAGGAAUCGUUCGCUCGGCCGAGCAACGUGAGACGGCAUCUCACCAGAGCGCAUAACGUGCCGCGAGAGCGACAGGGACGGAUAGAAAGGUUUAAGGUAAAUCUACGUGCUACGCCUCAAAUAUUCGUUGCAGAUAGACAACAAAAAUAAAUAAUUUAGAUAUGUAGUUUAAGAAAUUUAAGAAAAGCAGAAUAAGCCAUAGA